AUGAGUAACGAGGGGAAGUCUCAUUUGGAGAGUACCGUCCUUAAUUCCCGUUUGUUUACCUUCGAAGUCGGCGAGAACCUGGAUGGAAAAGCAACGGAAAUAAGAGUUCGUCAAGAAGCUAUCGCCCAACUUUCCCGUCCACUCUGUUUGAUGAUGACAGGUCAUCAUUCGGAAUCUCAAGCUGGUCGGACAGUUUGGAAAGACGUCAGUAAAGAGACUUUUGAACAGUUUGCUCAAUUUGCUUACACAGGCGAUUACUUCAUCACCGCACCAGUGCUAAGAGAAUUCGAUCCAGAAGAAUGGAAAGAGUUUGAUGGGUCACUUGAUGAAUCACAAGAAGAAAAGGAGUACGAAGAGGAAGGCAAGGGUCUGCCUCCCGGGAAAAAGAGAAAGAGAAGCGAAAAGGGAGCCACAGGAAAGUUGAUAACGCUCUCUGAUUUGACAUUCGCUCGACCGGAACGACAGAGAUACUGGAAAGUCAAUCGACCAGCUACUUAUUACGAUUCAAAAUACGACUACACCCAGGUGCUGCUCUGUCAUGCUUCGUUAUACAUACUUGGAGACCUUUGGCUUGUAGAGCCUCUCAAGAAGCUAGCGCUGCACAAACUCCAGAAAACACUCAAUCAUUUCCAUAUCGAUAAAUACAAAAUCAGAGAUGUUAUACACCUCUUACGGGUUGUUUAUGGCGAAGAAGGCAGAACGGGACCCGAAGGGUUUGAAGGAGGGCUGGCGCAGCUGGUUUGUGCGUAUCUGGCCAUGCAUGGAGAGUUUCUGAGGGACAACGAAAAUUUCAUAGAAUUCAUGGGAGAGGGCGGACAGUUUGUCAAGGAUGUUUGGAGGUUGGGAAUUGGGAAGUAG